CCCGGAGUGAACGCUUCCUCUCAGUUGUCAACAACAAGUGUGAAGGGAACAGAGAGUACAGCUAGCUAAACAUACUCGGCGACAAAAAUCAGAUAUACAAGGAGCUGAACAUUUCAGGUUACACACAGCAUGAACUCUGAAAGGCUCAUUUGUCUUCUCUACAGUCAAGUGCAUCAUACACAACAAAGAUUUUGAGGCAAAUGUGGAUCGAGUAAAAAAAAAAAAGAAAACAGUCAUCAACCCAAAAAAAUACAUCCAUGUGUAUAAUCUUCUUGAAGUUUGACCCCCGGCCUGCAUCCAAAAAUGCCUACAGGCUGAUUUUGGCUGCAAACAGAGACGAGUUCUACAACAGGCCGUCCAAAGCUGCAGACUUCUGGGGGACCAACAGUGAGAUCCUCAGUGGCCUGGACCUUGAAUAUGGCAAAGAAGGAGGGACAUGGCUGGGGAUCAGCAAGCGGGGAAAGCUUGCCGCAAUCACCAACUACUUGGAGGGACAUCCCAACCCUGACGCACAGGGGAGAGGGUUUCUAGUGUCCAACUACCUUAUGGACAAGGAUCAGGACUGCUACUCAUACCUUAAGAAGGUGUCGACAGAAAGCCACGUGUACAACGGCUUUAACCUCAUCACAGCCGAGUUCAAAGCCGAACAAGACACUGUGUGUUACUAUGGAAACAGAGGCAGCCCUGAACCCAUCCAUCUAAAACCAGGAGUGUACAGCUUGAGUAAUUCGUUGCUGGACACUCCAUGGAGGAAACUGCUGCAGGGAAAGCGACACUUCACCAGCGUCGUCAACGAUCAGUCGCUGUCCUGCGACGGCCUGGUGCAAGAGCUGCUCGGCGUCCUCAACAAUGAGGAUCUGAACACACCUGAUCCAGCUCUUGAGAGCCAGGGGGACGGUUACAGCCUGUCCAUGAUCCAGGCUCUGUCAGCAGUGUGUGUUCGCUACCCUCAUUAUGGCACAAGGACUAACACAGUAAUCCUGAUAGACGCAGAAGGUAACGUGACCUUCACAGAGCGCACCAUGCUCAACUGUGACACCAGCAAGUGGAGCACCAGCUCCUUCCAGUUCACACUGCAGGACUGAAGACAUGAAGUUAACCCACUCUGUGCCUUUCUGCAUCACUACUACUCCUCUUCCUCCUCCUCUCUCCUCUUCCUCUUUCUCUUCCCCUUCCCCCUCCUCCUCCUCUUCCUCCCCCCUCCUCCUCUUCCUCCUCCAGCUGCUCGUCACUGAAGACCCGUCUGCACUUUUCUAGUGUGCAGCAGAAGCUGCCUCACAAACAUCGGUGAAACGUAUUUCUUAGAAUUGGUUUGAGUCAAGAUGCAUCUUUUGAAAAUGUGUGCUAAUUUACAAGAUUGCCAAAGACUAUUCAGGAUUUUGUAGUGCAACAUAUGUUAGCUACAUGUAACCAAACAGCAGGGUUGGGAUGCUUUAAGAACUCGGAUCCAUUACAGACUGCCGUCAUGCACGAGGUUAGUUAUUGCAGUCUAAUUUAUUUGUGUUGGUGUCCGAUUAUUUCCUUUAAAAUCGAUGAUAGAGCAACAAUAAAAACCUGUAAUUUAAAGUAAAAAUCCAGCUAAUUAUCUUUUGCUUCACACUGUAGGAAUCGUCAGGUUAUUGUUUUUUUACGGGGUGAUAUGUAAUUUGUUUUAAUUUCACAGUAAUCAUCAUAGAUUAAAAGACAGAUUGUGUUUCUGAUAACUGUAACCUUCUCACAGGUGAUUCAUUAUCAAUUAUUUUGGGCACCAACCCUGCACUACAACCCAGUAUAUUCCAGCAGUCAGUUUUAUAUGCAAAUAGAUUCAGACAGUGGAUCUGGGACAGGGUCCAGGGUGGAAUAAUGCAUUAUUCAGCUGCGUGACAAUAAAAACAAUCAUUCAAACGCUCA